GCCUGGGGGCGGGGCCAGGCGGACGCGGGCCUCUCCGCUCAGGCAGCGCAAAGGCCUCCUCUUUUGAGGUCCCGGCGGCGGCGCUAACGCUGCGGCCUUAAGGAAGAUGGCGGCGCCCUGGUGGAGAGUCGCGCUGUACGGAACGCGGAGUGCCCGCGGCUUCAGCACCGCGGCCGUCCUGAGCCGCCGGUCGGCCCCCCUGGGACCCAUGCCCAAUGAACACAUCGACGUGAGCGCGCUGCAGAACCUGGAGAAGUAUCGCAGUUUCGACCGCUACCGGCACUCCGCCGAACGUGAGGCGAACGCCCCGCACUGGUGGAAGAGCUACCGCGACUACUUCCGGCAGCCCUCAGAUCCCAAAGACAAAAUAGACAUUGGACUUCCUCCCAACAAGAUGCUCCAGAGGCAGCAACAGGUCCUUGAAAGGAAGAAGAUCCUUCGGGAGAACCGGGCUAAGAUGGAGAAGGCUCCCCACCUCCGCAAUGGCUUGAUCCCUCUGGAAGAGGUGAGGGCUGAUUGGGAGAAGACUGUUGGCCCUUACCAUAAGCAGCGCCUAGCUGAGUACUAUGGCCUCUACCAAGACUUGUUCCUCGGUGCCACAUUCGUGCCUUGGGUCCCAUUGAAUGUUGCCUACAACCUGGAAGAAGAGAUGGUGAUGCCUGUGUUCCAGGGGAAUGAGAUCACCCCUACUGAGGCCACUAAUCCACCAGAGGUGACAUAUGAGGCAGAAGAGGGCUCGCUGUGGACUUUGCUGCUCACCAACUUGGAUGGACACUUGCAGGAGCAGGAUGCUGAAUACAUCCACUGGCUGGUGACCAACAUCCCGGGCAACGAUGUGUCUGCAGGACAGGAGCUGUGCCACUACCUCCCACCCUUCCCCUCAAGAGGAACUGGUUUUCACCGUUUUGCUUUCCUCCUUUUCAAGCAGCACAAGCCCAUCGACUUUUCUGAUGAUGCCCGCCCCACUCCCUGUUAUCGUCUUGCUCUGAGAACCUUCCGCACAUUUGAUUUCUAUAAGAAGCACCAGGACUCCAUGACCCCAGCUGGCUUGGCCUUCUUCCAGUGCCGCUGGGAUGACUCGGUCACCCACGUCUAUCACCACCUGCUCAACAUGCGGGAGCCAGUGUUCGAGUUUGUACGCCCACCCCCUUACCAUCCCCCACAGAAGAAGUUCCCUCAUCGGCAACCACUUCGAUAUUUGGAUCGAUACCGAGAUAGCGAUGAACCCACCUAUGGCAUCUACUGAAAGACUGAGUCAUCAGGUGUACAGGGUUCCUGGAAGGGACAAGAUGACCCCUUAGAGUCACUCUGGCUCACUUCAUCUUUCAAGGACAAAACACAGUAGAUUAGAGGCUUCUAACUCCCUGGGAGCUCUUCCCUGAGGCUGUUGUCCUGCCUGUGCUUUUCUUGUAUAUCCAAAUGGUUUGAGAGUGAGAAGGAACUGUAGGGUAUCUAAGUCAGAGAAUGUGAAUCAAGGUGAUUCAGAUAUGCAGUAUGGUGUAUAGUAGAUAGCUGACCUUUAAGUCAGGACAGCCUGGGUUGAAGUACCAUGUACUGAAUAUGUGACACUAGCCUCUCAGUGUUCCAAGCCAUACUCUUAUCCCCCCCCUGCCCCCAGUAUAUUUUUAUUUAUUUCAUUAAAUAUUUCUCAAUUACUUAUGAAAA